AAUUGAGCAAACAAAAAUGCUAUGCUGCUAUAUGCAAAAUUGCAAAGUACUGUUGCUGUUUGUGGUGAUUUCCGCUCUCGCCACAAUUCUCCAUGACGCCAUAACAUGUCAUUGGAAUUUUAAGAUGAUGAUGCAUCUAAAGAAGGUACAAUCCAAAACCCUUUUGUUCCUUAAACCCAUCACAACAUUCUCCUCCCAAUUCCAUAAAGAUUCAAUUUUGAUCCCACCCACGAAGACCCAUCUCUACGCUUCAUUCUUCAUCACCCUCGUUCGUCUCUACUUGAAAUGUGGCAGGGUCAACACCGCUUCUGAUGCUUUCCUUCGUAUGCGUAACCUUGGUCUUGUUCCCACUUUGCCUCUGUGGAAUAAGCUUUUGUACGAAUUCAAUUCCUCUGGUUUGGUUUCUCAGGUAAAAGUUAUGUAUUCUGAUAUGGUACUUUGUGGGGUUGUGCCUGAUGUUUUUAGUGUUAACGUUUUGGUUCAUUCGUUAUGUAAUGCUGGGGACUUGAAUUUGGCUUUAGGUUAUCUUAGGAACAAUGUUGUUGAUAUUGAUAAUGUUACCUAUAAUACUGUUAUUUGGGGAUUUUGUGAAAAAGGGUUGGUUGAUCAGGGUUUUGGUCUGUUGUCUGAGAUGGUUAAGAAGGGUUUAUGUUUUGAUUCAAUUACUUGCAAUGUACUAGUUAAGGGUUAUUGUAAAAUUGGAUUAGUGCAGUAUGCUGAGUGGGUUAUGUAUAACUUGGUUGGUGGUGGGGUUUCAAAAGAUGUUAUGGGUUUGAACACUUUGAUUGAUGGUUAUUGUGAAGCUGGUUUGAUGAAUCAAGCAUUGGCUUUGAUGGAGAAUAGCUGGUGGAGUGAUGUUAAGGUUGAUGUUGUUACUUAUAAUACUUUGAUCAAAGGUUUUUGUAAAAUGGGUGAUCUUACUAGGGCCGAGUCUCUUUUCAAUGAGAUUUUGAGCUUUCAGAAAGACGAAGAUCGGUUGGAAAGUUAUGAUGUUGUAACUCGGAACAAGAUAAGGAAUUUGUGUCCGACAGUUGUCACGUACACAACAUUAAUUUCUGCCUACUGUAAGUAUGUUGGAGUUGAAGAAUCCCUUUCUUUGUAUGAGCAAAUGAUUAUGAAUGGAAUCAUGCCGGAUGUGGUUACUUGUAGUUCUAUUCUUUAUGGACUCAGCAGGCAUGGUAAAUUAACCGAGGCGACAGUUUUGUUUAGAGAGAUGUAUGAAAUGGGUUUAGAUCCUAAUCACGUCUCCUACUCUAUAAUUAUUAAUUCGUUGUUCAAAUCAGGGAGGGCUAUGGAAGCUUUAAGUCUUCAAAGCCAAAUGGUUGUUCGGGGCAUUUAUUUUGAUAUAGUUAUGUGCACAACUAUGAUGGUUGGACUUUUCAAAGUUGGGAAAUCUAAAGAAGCGGAGGAAAUGUUCCAAAGCAUUUCAAAGCUCAAUCUUGUCCCAAACUGUGUCGCCUAUUCGGCAUUGCUCGAUGGGUAUUGCAAGUUAGGAGACAUGGAAUUUGCCGAGUUAGUGUUACAAAGAAUGGAGCAGGAACAUGUUCCUCCAAAUGUUAUUACCUUUUCUUCUAUUAUAAAUGGAUAUGCUAAAAAAGGAAUGUUUCAUAAAGCAGUUGAUGUGUUAAGGGAGAUGGUCCAAAGGAAUAUUAUGCCGAAUACUAUUGUUUACGCGAUUUUAAUUGAUGCCUAUUUUAGGGCAGGCAAACAAGACGCCGCUGCCGGUUUCUAUAAGGAAAUGCAAUUGCGUGGAUUGGAGGAAAACAAUAUCAUAUUCAAUAUCUUAUUGAACAACUUGAAAAGAGUUGGGAGGAUGGAGGAAGCUCAAUUGUUGAUUAAAGAUAUGCACUCCAAGGGUAUUGAUCCAGAUAUUGUUAACUACUCUUCACUAAUAGAUGGCUACUUUAAAGAAGGAAACGAAUUGGCCGCUCUUUCCAUAGUUCAGGAAAUGGCAGAGAAAAACACUCGGUUUGAUGUCGUUGCUUACAAUACUUUGAUUAAGGGGCUUUUGAGGCUGGGGAAAUAUGAACCACAAUCUGUGUGUUCAAGAAUGGUAGAAUUGGGUUUGGCUCCUGAUUGUGUUACAUAUAACACUAUAAUCAACACAUACUGCAUAAAAGGUAACAUAGGAAAUGCUAUCGAUCUCUUGAAUGAGAUGAAGAGCUACAGGAUAAUGCCAAAUGCAGUCACUUAUAACAUUUUGAUUGGUGGGCUUUGUAAAACUGGUGCAAUUGAAAAAGCGAUGGGUGUUUUAAAUGAAAUGUUGGUUAUGGGGUUUAUACCUACCCCAAUUACUCAUAAAUUUCUGCUUAAGGCAUCUUCGAGGAGUAAAAGAGCAGAUGCAAUUUUGCAAAUUCACAAGAAGCUUGUCGCCAUGGGCCUCGAACUCAACCGUACUGUGUAUAACACACUAAUCACUGUAUUAUGCAGGUUAGGGAUGACUAAAAGGGCAAAUGUUGUCCUCAAUGAAAUGGUAAAAAGUGGAAUUUCAGCUGAUUAUGUUACUUACAAUGCCCUUAUUCGCGGUUACUGUACAGGCAGUCACGUGGAGAAGGCAUUUAAAACUUAUUCGCAGAUGUUGGUUGAUGGAAUCUCUCCAAAUAUUACUACUUACAAUACUCUUUUAGGAGGUCUUUCAACUGCCAGUUUGAUGGGAGAGACAGAUAGAUUAGUUAGUGAGAUGAAGGAAAUAGGACUUGUACCGAAUGCCACUACUUAUGACAUAUUGGUUUCUGGCCAUGGUAGAGUUGGAAAUAAACAAGAUUCCAUAAAAAUUUAUUGUGAAAUGAUAACCAAAGGUUUUGUUCCCACUACAGGAACCUAUAAUGUACUUAUUAGUGAUUAUGCAAAAGCUGGAAAGAUGCGGCAAGCUAGAGAACUUUUGAAUGAGAUGCUGACAAGAGGAAGAAUUCCUAAUUCUUCAACAUAUGACAUUCUAAUCUGCGGAUGGUGCAAGUUAUCGUAUCAGCCAGAGAUCGACCGAGCACUUAAACUGUCAUACCGAAACGAGGCAAAAAAUUUGCUAAGAGAAAUGUGUGAAAAAGGACACGUGCCAUCUGACAGCACCCUCUUAUUUAUCAGUUCCAAUUUUUGUAUACCUGGAAAAGAGGCUGAUGCUCGAAGGUUGUUGAAGGUAUUUUCCCAAAAGAAGAACACAUGACAAGUGCUCCGAAAGACAUACAAUGAGUUGAUGUGAAACUGCAGGGUAUAGCGUUCUAAGCAAUUAGAAAUAGCUCACUGUCUUGCGAUGCUAAACUUUGUAUUCAUUGGAAUGUAAUCUUGGAUGACGCAAAUAUAUUAUCAAAUCCUUUAUGAUCAUUCAAGGACCGGAUUGGCGCUUGUGAGAAAUUGAGAAGCGGUGAAUCAGCGAUGAAUUUUCGUUGCGAUGACAGUGGUCAACUGCUACCGGGAUGGCGAAAGAUAUCAAGCAGUGUACUAAAUUUGAUCAUGUUAUUUACAAUGUUGAAAGUGCAUUCUGAAAUUGUUCCAGCAUUCUCAAACACUCAUCAGACUAUAUAGCUCAAACUGCUGACGAGGUUUCUAAGAACACAAUUCUGGCAUGCGCCGAUUUUCAGUGAAAAGCUUUUUUUUUGUAAUGCUUCUUCCAAUGAUGAAAAUCUGAUCCAGAAGAUUCAACUGGGGGAGCCUCACAUAUUGCACUUAUUUUGUUGUUACUGGUAAUGUAUUUAGAUAGCCUAUCAAAAUGUUCACACAAUGGCUAUCAGAAUGGACAUCAAUUCAAUCUAUCUACCUUGGAGUUGCUAUACAAUUUUUUUACCAAUACUUGUUGGAUGGUUUUUGUACCCACUAACCUAAGCAGCUAACAUUGUUUGAUCCCAUUCUAUGAAUAAGUCACCUUUGAAGACCAAAAAUAAUUUAGUGGCAGAUUAUGGGUUAGUGAAUUUUCUCAAUCAAUGUACGGUGUAAAUGUAAUUUAAUCUUCAAUUUUAUGUAUAAUGUAUAAUUUUUUAACCAAAAUAUGUGUGAUACCUCGCUGCAGCGUCAACAAUGUUUUUACAUUUGUGGCC